UAUUUAUCCCUCUUACAUUCCAGCAAAAAAGAUCCAUAAGGAAGAAAAGGGUUAAAAAGGGAUAUGGAUCUGAAAAUACUAAACUCUUUGAUCCAUCUUUGAAAAUGGCUAAUCCUAGGGUUUUCUUUGAUAUGACCGUGGACGGCAAACCGGCUGGUCGGAUAGUGAUGGAGCUCUUUGCCGACACAACUCCACGGACGGCAGAGAACUUCCGUUCCCUCUGUACAGGCGAGAAAGGCAUUGGGAAGUUCGGUAAACCACUCCACUACAAGGGAUCAAUCAUCCACGAGGUGUUCCCUGGUUAUACCUUGUGUGGAGGAGAUAUCAUUGGUGGAAAAUUUGGAUUCGCCGAAUGUAUCUACGGAAGUAGGUUUUUCGACGAUGAGAACUUCAUCAAGAUGCACACCGGUCCAGGUAUACUCACCAUGUGGGACUGUAGACCAAACACCAACGGAUCUCAGACUCAGUUCAUGAUCUGCUUGAGGAAGAUUGUGGAAUUCGACGGGGAGUGCGUCCUGUUUGGCCAAGUUGUUGAGGGAUUGGAUAUGAUUGAGAACAUUGAGAAGGAGGUCGCUCGAACUGAUGAUGUAUCUUAAUGGCGUGCCUACAAAGCGUGUGGUGAUUGCCGACUGCGGUCAAAUUUCGUAGGUCUUAGAGAUUUGUAUUUUGUCUUUGUCCUUUAACAAAAAGUGGUCGUUUGGAUGUUUCGUGUGUCUUUAAUAUUCUUGGUUUGGAUUUGAUUUCGGUCUGUUCCACUCGAAUUUGGAUUCGCUACCAUCGACUAAUGAGUGAUAUCCAUAAAUCUUAGCUAUAACUGCUACGUAGUAGGAGAACAAAUUUCCAUAAAUAUGUUAAAAACGUUAUUAUCGUCACAAGUGUUUUUAACGAUGAUUCUUGUUAGUUAAAUCUUAAGGUUAGGCCGAUAUGAAAAUUCCUGCGGCUUUAAACUUGGUAAACUAGAUUUUGACCCGCGCUUGGAAAGCGCGGGUUUGUUUUUGUAAUUAAAUAUAUUGUAAACGAAUUUCUAUAUAAGAUAGUGUAUAAGUUUGAGCACAUUUAUCUAAAACCACGGACCAAACUAUUCCAAGCUGAAAAACCAAAAUUGAAUUGAAUUGCAUAAAUAAUAUAGCAAAUCAUAAAUCUAUAACCGAAAAAUUGAAACCGAACCGAGAACCAAAUGAGUACCUAAAUUUUUAAAUAAAAAUUAUAUAUUUAAAAAUAUUAAUUACAUUCAAUUUUUAAAUAACCACAUAUCCUAAAAAUACUAUUUAUAAACCGGAUAACACGAAAACUUGAAUUACCCGAAUAUUUUUAUUUGGUUGAUAAAUAAUUUAGUUAACCAAAAGUAUAAUUUAUGUAUAUAAUUAUUUAUUUCAAAUAUAUAUAACUAUGUUUAAUAUAACACAUAGUAUCAAAACUAUUUUCAAAAUAAUAUUAUGUUUUAAAAUAAGUAGAUUUUGUUCUAAAACACAAUUCUACUGCUAACAUGUUUUAAAGUAUCGAUAUAGUGUUAAUAAAUAACAAAGUGUUUUCAAAGUUUUAGAAGUUAUCACUAACCGAUUUAUAAUUGGUUAGACUAAAUAUCUAACAGAACCGAAAAUAAAUAGUCAUUUUCUGAAAAUAUAGCAGAUGGAAAGAUUGAACCGGUUUUAUGUAGACCAUAAUCAUAUGUAUGGAUUUUUAUAGGAACUGGUUUGGUAUUAAAAUAAUACAACCAACUUGGAAUAUUAAGUUGUGACAAACAUCGUUUAAUUUGUGAAUGAUAAUGUUGAAGUAUUCAUAUAUAUAACAUGGUUAAUGAAAUCAGUUUAGUUAAUAAGGUUAGUAUAAAAUAAUGGUUCAUCUCUGUAAAAAAUGUAUUUUUUACAAUGGAUAUUAUAUUUUGUUUAUAGUCUUCGAAGAUAUUAUCUAUUAAAUAAAUCACAAGUAACCAUAUACUAUAUAAAUAUAGGGUGGACAUUAUUUAAUAUUAGCUCAAAAUAUUUAUGAUGGAAUAAUGCGUAUAUAGUAAACGUAUAAGUAGAUAAUUAGGUUAGUACCAUUUUUUAUGACUAAUUUGCUUUUACUGAAGAAUAAUUAAGUUAGUAGUAUAAGAAAUAAUAGGAUAUCUAAUUAAAUGAAAUGGUCCAACUAUGACUUGUUUUAAGUAAAUUUUUUAGGGUUCCUUCCUUUUUAAUAGUAUUGAUAAAGUAAAGUAUCCCCCUGUAUAUUAAAAGAGAAAUCACUUUAGUGAUUUCUGGUGACGUGUCGCUCAUAGGUAAAGUUUCAAGAAAUUGUUAUAAUUUGAUUGGUCGAUUGUUCUUAAUUUUUAUUUAUUUAAUUUAGAUCUAAAAUUUAAGGUAAGUCUAAAAUCAUUUAACAUCACGUACCAUAUAAUCUAAAAAAUAUUA